AUGUUCUUCCUUUGGUUCAAGGUUCCGGAAGCCUUUAUGGAGGUGACUGUGCAUUCAAGUGAUGUGCAGCGCACACAUCCAGGUCGCCGACAGAAAACCUUCAAGAAUAGCGUGCAGGGGAACUACUGGGCCCCAGCUGCCAUAGGCCAAGUUCAUUGCCACUCCUCUGAGCUGCUCUCCCGCUUGGAUCGUGGAGAAGAAGCCUGGGUCCCACAAAUCCAGAGCUCCGAUGAAAGCGCAGAUGAAGGCCCAAUUAAGCCAACACUGAAGCAGAUACCGACAGGAGGGAUCUGGUGGGAUCGAUACCGGAGUCCUGUGACCUACCCCAGUUCAGAGUCUGCAAACUCAGAUAAUGAUCAAGAAAGUGAAGAAGAAAAGCCUCAUCGUGGAGGUUUUCGACCGAUGAUCCUUCGCCGAAACUUAUUUAAUACUUCCAAAGGGAGUGGAUCACAGAGUCUGAAGCCUAGAGAGGCCUAUAAACAUGGGUCCCAGUUGAAGAAGCCUUCACAGAGUCAGCUAGGAAAGACAAAGGCAGAAACGGGCAAUGCCAAUGAAAGCUCCCAGGCCAAAGAAAGAGCUGCAGGAAGGGACCAUCCGGUCCCGUGCCCUGAUUGCGGACAGAUCUUCAAAUCCAAAAUAUCUCUUGCCAAUCACCAGAGGAUACACAGUACGACAAAAGCCUAUAACUGCCCUGACUGCGAAGAAAGGUUUUCAUCCAAAAAAGUCUUUGACCGCCACCAGAAGGGCCACAGAGCAAAAGCAGGCAACAGACCUUCCUAUAGUGUUGUGAAGCCUCAAAACAUGAAGCUUUAUGAAUGUUUCACCUGCAAGAAGUCUUUUGAGCUCAAAGAACAAUUCCUCCUACAUCAAAAGAGCCACACAAGCCAGCAGUCCUAUAAGUGUCAUGAAUGUGGGGAAAUCUUUGUUCAGAAGGAAUGUCUGGACAAACAUCAAAAUUGCCACACAGCACCCAAAAAUAACAGAAAGAAGGAUAAGAAGGAAGAAAAGAUAGAAAGUAUGCCUGAAACUGAAAAAAAGAAAGUCAGUACAGCCCCUGUCUCUGGGAGUACAAAAUCACUGAAGAUUGGCCUCACUAGACAACAGCAAGACCAAGUCAAUCUCCAUAAAUGUAAGUUUUGUGGGAAAUGUCUAAGGUUCAAAAGUUUGCUUGUGGACCAUGAGAGAAUGCACAGGGAAUCAAGGCCAUAUAAAUGUUCCCAGUGUAGUAAAAGCUUUCUUCAUAAGGCUAUUUUGAUGUCACACAUGAUGACCCAUAUGAAACAGGCAUCCAGGAAGCAUCCAAAAAAAGGUAAAAGCUUGGCUGUGAAAAGUGCCUUGGUUGAUUCGGAAAUCUCUCACGAAAGAGGAAAUCCCUCUAAACGCUCAGUUUCCAGAAAAAUCUUCACUCGUAGCUCUUACCGCAUUUGGUGCCCAAGAAAAUGGGCACAGAAAACACCCCAUCAGUGUCAAUAUUGUGGGAAAUGUUUAAGUACACGUAUCAUACUUGCUGACCAUGAGAAACUCCACACAGGUGAGAGACCCUAUAAAUGCCACAAAUGUACAGAAAGUUUCAUUCGAAAACCCCACCUUUUCCGACAUCUAGAGAUUCACCUCAGAGAACUCUCCAAUGAAGAUGUCAAAAGUUUGAGGAUCAUCAAAAGCCACCACUAUGGACAGAAGGCUUCUGAAGGUCUUCUCCCUGCAAGUGAUGUCAACCAUCGCUCAGAACUUGCCAAGCACCCCAAAAUCCCCAUUCAAGAGAAUUAUGUUUGUCAGCAUUGUGGAAAAUGCAUGAGAACCAAAAGCGCCUUUGUCAAUCAUGGAAAAAUCCAUAGGAGAAAGCAACAGCCAUAUCCCCACUUGGAACAUGAGGGAAACACCUCCCAAGAAGAAUCUCUGGUUCCCCACCAAGAAACCCACACGGGGGAAAAACUCUCUCUGUGCUCAGACUCCAAAGACAAAAUGGCCGCAAAAGAUCCCCCCACCUCCUCCCUCAGGGUUCCCCACAGAAGGAAACAGCCCUGCCUCUGUCAAAAAUGUGGGAAAACCUUUGAUGAUAACUAUUCCUACACCAGGCAUCAAUGGAUCCACUCUGGGCAAAAGCCUUUCAGAUGUGCUGCCUGUGGGAAAGCCUUCAUCCAGAUGUGGCACCUGAAGAGACACGAGAAGACCCACCUGAAAGGAAAAUUCCCUGAACAGCCCGUCGUGAGGGAGGUCAUCCAUGAAAACAGACACCUGGACCGAAAGCUCUUCAAAUGCUCUCUGUGCGGGAAAGGUUUCUUUCAGCCGUGGCAUCUGAAAAGACACAAGAGAAUUCACCUGAAUGAAGAAUGCCGCAAACUAUCCGCAAUCAUGCAGGCUACACGGGCGUUUUCUAAUUUCCCAAGUAGCACAGCUUCUAUGGAGGAACAUCAGGGAAAUCCUAUUGGACAAGCAUUAUUGCAGCUACCACUUCACACAGAUAAGGUUAUCAGCUUGCCACAUGCCCAGGAAGAAGAAAGAGAUCUGCCGGUGCCCUUAGAAGAAAGAUCAAACACAGGAGCUCCUGAAAAGUAUAUUACGAUGCCAAUGCAAUUAUCUAGAAAAUUCAAAGAAAAUAGUUUGCUGGGCUAUGGGGAAGUCAGCCAGGCAGUGAAAUUGGAAAGGAAACCAAAAAGAAAGGACAUAUUCUUUAUCCAUCAGCCUGGGACCUGCUCCAAAAAUACCCAUUCCCAAAGUCAUAAGAAGGGAAAAAACCACGAUGGCUGGCAAUUGAGGUCACAGGCUUCCUCCAUAAGAAAAGCUAAGAGAGAAACGCAGCUUGUGGGGGGAAGGUCCAAACGUUGCUUUUGUCAGCGAGAAGAACGAGAAAUGGUCCGCCCAAAUGCACCCAGCUCCCCCAGGAAAGCAAAGUACCACGAUGGUCCUGAAAGCGACCCCUCUAUAAGUGUUUCCUCCAGUUUGUUUCAAGGUGCAUCCAAGAACCACAAGGAUCUUUGCCUCGAACUGCCCUGCCAGAAAACAUUCUCCAGAGAAGCCCAAAUGAAAGUUACCGAAAGUGUUGUGCAAAGGAACACAGCCGUCUCUGUGGCACAGGAGUGGGAAUCCCUUGAGGCCAAUUCUGGCUCUCAGAGUUGUGAAAAAGAAAAAUGCAAGCCAUCCGACGUCGGGGAUCCGGCAGAGACCCGGCCUAUGCCAUGGUUGUCCAAAAGCAAGACCCAGCAGGAUCAUGACCGAUUCUGCCCUCUAAAUGGGCGCUCAAAUGCUACUGCCCAGAAUUUGGGGAGAGCACCUUUGGCUCAGCAGCUGGGAGAGAUCCAAAAUCCACUAAGGACACGGAAGAGAGCAAAGGGUAGACGCAGUGUUGAACUGCAAACAGCGAUGUUGAGGAAGCUUCAGAGUUCACCUUCUAAGGGGAAAACCAUAUGUGAUCAGCAGAUGAAACAUGUCUGCUCUCGGUGCAAGAAAUCCUUCCGUAGUCGGACCAAUCUCUUGAUUCAUGAGAAGAACCACACUGAGAACAGACCGUUCCCCUGCACCCAGUGUAAGAAAAGUUUCUUUUCUGUGACAGCCCUUAAGGUCCACCUACGAAUCCACUCUGGAGAGAAGCCUUUCAAGUGCUCCGAAUGUGACUUUCGCUGCAACGCGUUGUGUAAUCUCAACAGGCACAAGGCCACCCACAGCGAGAAAAGGCUCCACCCUUGCAUGCAUUGCGGGAAAAGCUUCUGGCUGAAUCCUAAACAUAUGACCCACUUAAAAUUUAGUGGCAAGGAGAAGGCUUAUGCCUGCCCUGGUUGCGAGCAAGCAUCUGUGCACACGGACCUUCUAAAGCGGAAGAAGUUCUGA